UGAAUGUUUAAGAUCAAAAAUUGAUAAUCAUUGGAGAAUAUUGUUUUGUUCAAGAACAAUAAAAUGAAAAUAUAUUGAUAUUAUAAAAAAAGAAAAUUCACUAAAAUUAUUUGUUUUGUUUUUUAGAAUCAGUUCUAUUCUAUAAAUUAGAUCCAAAAUUUUUACGUCGAAAUCAAUUAGAAUGGGCAGCAACAAAACCUGGUGCUGCUGAAUUAGGCACUGUUAUACAUUUAACAACAUUAAAACAAAUUCAUGUUGAUUUAGUUAUUGUUGCAUCAGUUGUUGUUAAUCCUAUAACUGGUGCUCGAAUUGGUAAAGGUAAAGGUUAUGCCGAUUUAGAAUAUGCUAUUAUGUCACAAAUGGGUUGUGUUACAAAUAAAACAAUCGUUAUAACAACAUGUCAUGAAAGUCAAUUAAUUAAUGAUUUACCUAAUAAUGUUAUGGAACAACAUGAUUUACCAGUCGAUAUUAUUGUAACACCAAAACGAUAUAUUUAUACAAAACGUUUAUUUCCACGACCAGAACGUGUCUAUUGGAAUAAACUUGAUCCAGAUAUGAUAUUAAAUAUUCCUGUCUUACAAGAAUUGAAACAAUUAGAAGAACAAGAUAUUAUUAAGCAAUAA